AUGCAUGAUUGAUGUGUGUAAAUUAAUUUCAAAAUCUAUUUUUUUGUUGAUUAUAAUCUACAGGCUCAGUGAAUUUUGUGCGAGUUCACUUAAAUCAUGACGUUAGAAGAUGAACAACAAUUAUCAACUUCGCAUUCAUCGACAUCAUCUAAUACAAUCAACAUAGAUAACGUAAACAAUACUGCAGAUCAUCCCGAAGAAUCUGAUCAUUCAAAUUCAGAGCAAUCAACGUCGACACCACAAGACCACAUUGAAUCGACAAUCGCUGAAGAAGUAAGAUCAAAUAAUCAAGCAGAAUUGCCAUCAGACCAACAAGACGAUUCAAAUAUUGACCAAUUGCAGCAUUAUAUCAAUCAAAUCCGUUUUGAUUCGACCACUGGAAGCCAUCAGAUUCCACCAGAAUUAUUGGCCGAAGAUCAAGAUCUUUUGGAAUCAGAAUUUGAAAAACUUGAUAAUGAUAUGGACGUCAUUGAAAUGUAUAAGAUAAUUUUUCAUCAUCCGACAUCACAACAACCAAAGCCAAUUAGAAUCAUGAAUGACAACAACGAUAAUAAUACGAAAAUUAGGUAUCGAUUAAUUGAUAGAUUACAAAACGAUACACGUUUAAAAACACUACUUACCAAUCCCCAAAUUCAAAUGUUCAUCAAGCAAAUACUCAAUGAUGAACAUGAAUUCUUACAUCAACAAUUGGCUAAAUCACAUCGGGCAAAUCAUAAUAGGUCAUCAUCGACUUUAUUCGAAGAUCAACGUCUCGAGCAACAAAUUUCUCCAUUAGAACAUCAUCUAAUCGAUAGCCAUGGAUCAGACGAACAAAAUUUCCUCCGAUUAUUAAUUGAAAUCAUUCAACAACAACCAUAUUAAUUUUCAUAAUACAACAUAUAAUAAUAAAAUAUAUAGUACAUUCCCUAUUAAUCAA